UUGUCAGCUUUUCUGAUUUCUAACACUUUACUUUAGUUCAUUUUUCUGUGAACACUAUUUGAGUUGAUUUCAAAAGUAAUAAGAAGCGAAUUUCUUGUUGAGCAAGUCCUCGGAUGCUCUUACAUCUGCGAUCUCUUUCGGAAACGAUCUCUGUAGUCGACUUGUAGUGGUAAAAUGAUGAAGAUUGAUUUUAGAAGACUUGAAUCGACUGCCCCAUUCAGGGGUGAGUCUUCUGAGCUAUAUGAUGGCAUCCCAACUUCUCCAUCAUUCCACAUUCCUAAUGCUACUAAUUUUGAUGGGUUUCAGAAAGAAGCAAUCCAAAUGGUGAAGCCUGCAAAGGGCACAACCACUCUUGCUUUCAUUUUCAAAGGAGGUGUUAUGGUCGCUGCUGAUUCUCGCGCUAGCAUGGGAGGAUAUAUCUCAUCUCAGUCAGUGAAGAAAAUCAUUGAAAUAAAUCCAUAUAUGCUUGGAACAAUGGCCGGGGGUGCUGCUGACUGCCAAUUCUGGCAUAGAAACCUAGGAAUCAAGUGUCGUCUACAUGAACUGGCUAACAAAAGGAGAAUUUCUGUUACUGGAGCUUCAAAAUUGCUGGCGAAUAUUUUAUAUUCUUACCGAGGAAUGGGUUUGUCUGUUGGAACAAUGAUUGCUGGUUGGGAUGAGAAGGGUCCAGGACUGUAUUACGUCGACAGUGAGGGAGGACGACUUAAAGGAAACAGAUUCUCUGUUGGAUCUGGUUCACCUUAUGCUUAUGGUGUUUUGGACAAUGGGUACCACUUUGAUUUAUCUGUGGAAGAAGCUGCUGAGCUGGCCAGACGAGCUAUUUAUCACGCAACAUUCCGUGAUGGAGCUAGUGGUGGUGUUGCUAGUGUUUAUCAUGUUGGACCAGACGGAUGGAAGAAGCUAUCUGGUGAUGAUGUUGGAGAACUUCACUACAAUUAUCACCCUGUUGAACUCGAUGCUGUGGAACAAGAAAUGGCUGAAGUGCCUGUGGCCUAAGGGGAAAAAGGUCUAUGAAAUUGUUAGUUUUAUUUCAUGAUGCAUAAAAAGGGGAUCAAAUUUGUUUUAAUCGCACAACAUUAGUGAUAUGUUUUUUUUUCCAUGAAAGGCUCUCAAUCUGGAAGUACUUCUUCUUGUAUGCUCUCCUAUUCUCCAUUCAAGUUGUCUUCUAAUUUGGAGAAAAAAACCAUUUCAGUCUUCUAGCCAAAUGGUUUUGUAA